AUGCUAGAUUUGCAGAAUCAAUUAGUGGAAAGUGAAAACAUCAAAAAGUAUUGGCGGAUGAGCAUGUUUAUGGAGAAGACGAAUGGUCAUUUGGGUUCUGUGAGCAAGGAACUGGAGUUUUUAGUUGCCCUGCUAGAAAGAACCCAAUUCAACCAGAUCCUGAGAGAACUUAGCCGAGAGUGGCCUGGAAACUGUUAUGACUUGCUGUCAAAAAACUGCAAUCACUUCUGCAACGAGUUUUGUGAAAGACUCGGUGUCCCUAAACUUCCAGGUUGGGUGAACAGGUUUGCUAAUGCGGGUGACACAGCUGUGGAAAUAGCGGAAACCACAGCUGUUAGGUUCAGACAAGCUAAAACAGAGAUAGUGACAGCUAGCAAAGUGGCAUAUCGGUUUCUUGCUGGAAUCACUUCAAAUAAUAAUAAUAGUAAUAAUAAUAUUGGUCUGGAUUCCCCUGGGAAUAGAAACAACAACAGCCCUAGAUUUCAACAACCUUCCUGGUUUAAAAACCUUGUGGCUGCUGGAGCAAAACCAUCAACCAGUACUACAACUACACUUGAAAAUGAGAAACCACAACUGCUGCAAAAACAAGAGUCUCAGGUCUAGAAGGACAUUUCUUCCUGCUUGCUUUGUUUGUUUACUAGUUUUAUAGACAGGUAAAUCCUAUCCUAUGUUUGUUCCAUUUAUGUGUGUGUUUUUUUUUUUCCCAUUCAUGCACAAAAGGGAUUCUAUUUCAUCAUUCUCUUUCUUUGCUUUUCUUUGAUAACUAGAACUCUUAGAUUCGUUGUAUGUGAAGUGCAUAUGUUAUAUAUACUUGAAUUGUGUUGUUGAAGGUUUAUAAUACGAUAUUUGUGCCUCGGUUAAGCUAAGCUCACUAAACUCCCAUUUUUUGAAUAGGACAAGACAUAACAGAUUGUAUUGUUUCAGUUUGUUUGUGGACUGAUGUUGAUGGGGGCACAAUUGCAAUUUUUGGCAUAAAACAAUAAAAAAAAAGAUGAAACUAGAUGGAACAUAGACCAGUGAUAUUUGGCUUGUGCAAAAAAGCGUUACAAUGAUAAGCACAAGAGGGUUGUAUUUAUGUCUUUUAAACAAGAUUGAAAGCUAGUACUAUACCUUAUUAUCCAUCGUUUUAGUGAGACAAAGGGGAUGUCUGUGAUUGUUUUUAUUUAAAGUCUCUGUUAGUUUAUGUUAGGUUAUUACUACCAAUAAAUAUUUUUUAAGUGGUUUUUAAUUUAUGUUUUGCUUGGGA